AAUUUCAAUAUGUAUAUGCUGAGAGAGCAAGCAGUCGAAGUAACGAAGUAAAUAUUUUUGUGUAUUUGGCAACCGAGUCAAAAGAGAAUGGAAAAGAUAAGAAAGAGCAGCAGUUGAAAAGAGUGGAACGUAAACAGAAAUUUGUGGUUGAUUUAAGAAAUCAUUUGAUUUGACAAACGAGAAAAACGAAGAUUUGCACAAUUUUUCAAUAAAAACAAGUGUGUAUCCCAUAAUAAAAACCGACCAACACAUUCCAAUUGCAUACAUCCAGUCGUUGUCGUUUUCAUUCUAUCUCUCUCUCUCUCGCUCGGUCUUGCCUGACGUAUCGAUUGCCGUUGCUGCUGUCGUCGUCGUUGUUGUUGUUGUUGCUUUUGCCAUCGUUGUCGUGCAUAUGUAUAGCAAUUUUCAAUAUGGCCGCCUAACAAUGUCAGAACGUCGCGAUUUUAUAAUUUCUUUCGCGAUAGUUUUAUUAUCGAAAUGGAUCAUAAAAAAUCACCAAUUCGUCGUCAAAAACGUCAAUCGAAAGUGUUAGAGGAUAAUUUUUGGGAUUGUAGUGUUUGUACUUAUCGAAAUUCGGCUGAAGCCUUCAAGUGUCUACUUUGCGACGUCAGAAAAGGUACAUCGACGCGAAAACCUCGCCUUAACUCGGCCUUAGUAGCUCAGCAAGCUGGUGCAUCGGGUGUUCCAAAUGGCACAAACACAACAAAUCCAAAACCACCAAAAAUGUCACGUUCGAAGACAAAACACAAAAAGUAUCCGGCCCGUUUAACAAACGUCGAUCGCUCCUCGGCCCAGACGCGUGAAGUUACCGUUAACUCGGUGACGGUUGUCAUCACCGAAUACAAACCAAAACAAAUGACAUCGGCCACCUCAAGACGAGAGUCAAGUGAACAAAGCUAUAGUGAAAGUAAUGAUUCACGCAGUUAGAAAUAAAACACGAACUAAGAAAUAAUACCGAGUGUGAAUGAAUACAGCAAAAAUAGCAACAACAAUAAAAAAAAAUAUCAGCAUAAAUAUCGGUACCGAUAAAAUACCGGAAUUGAACAUUCAAACACUGUAGCAAUGUGUACACUGUUCUGUUGGGCUUGGAAAUGAGAAUCAAAGGAGGCGCCCAGCAACAGCGCAAAUCCACAUUAGAAAGAAAACAAGUUAAGAAGAAACACAACUUCGCCGACACAUUGCCGAAGUGAGAUGAUGCCACACUCACGCGGUGCAUUUGUAUUUUAUGAAAAUACGUAUCUGUAAAAAACUGUUAUAUGGUGCAUGAGUGGGUGGGCGGCCAAUGAAUUGCCUAGACCGACGAUGUACUUGUUUGUAUUGAUAAAUGCCAAAACGUUGCGUUGAUUAAGGAUGAAGCGAACGAAAGAACGAUAAACCGAAGCGGUAUGGAGCAGCAGUGUUUGUUGACAGCAGCCCAGGCUGGCAUUCAUUCUUUUACUUGGAGAAUAUGUCAGCUAGAGCCGAAUAGCUUCGACGAUGGCAACGAUAAUAACGACGACACGUGAUGUCAAAAGCUAGCUGAUACGGGAUGGAAUGACACACAGCCGAAAGAUAGAAGUGAGAGGAAAAAAAAAUUGUGCGUGAUAAAAUUUAAUUAUUAUUUUAUUAAAAUUAAAACAAUCUGCAUACGAUACGCAGAGACACCAUGGAAAAGAAAUUCUUGAUGGAAUGCAUUUUUAAAUCAAUUUAUAAAUUAAAUCGAGCACAUUAAUAGGAAAGGGAAAUAGAAUACAUCCAUUGACGUAUAAUUAUAAUAUUAUUGCUAUUACUGACAAGAAAUGAAUCAAAUUUUAAAAUGGAAAUAAGGAAACAAACAUAAGACACUCACGUAUAUAUCGUUUAAUCAAAGUGGAUCAAAUUUUCUUGGACAUUUGAUUGCUAUCAAAUUAUAUGCAUAUGAUAAAUGUUUUAUUAAGACACAAUACAACCAAAUCACUUUCGAUUUAUAUUUAUUUUCAUGUGCGAUUGUCAGCACGUGAUUGUUUUUAUAGAGAAAUAAAAAAAACUUAUCGAUUUGAAAUAUUUGGAUGCAUUGCGAUUGAAGGCACCUAGGUACAAUCACGAAAAUAUGACAACGGUUUACAAAAUAAAAAGCAAGGAAAAUGGCAAGCAUGACUGAACUUGAAUAUCCUCCCACACCCACACACACACAUACCCAAACACAAUUUCAUUUAUUAGACAGAAUUGUGGAUGCGAUGCAUUCAAACAUUGAUGACUCAUUUGUAAUGUACAUCAACCCCAGGUUUUUAGAGUUCAUGCAAAUUCUUAAUUUAUUUAUUUAUUUCACGAUAUUUCUUGCAAUGAUGGAUUGAUUGUCCUGGGGAAAAAAUUACUGUUUUUAUUUUUACAGUGGCCCGUUUACACGAUUCGCUGUGUUAGUUCAAUGAUAAUUUAAUGAUACAAAAAGUCUCUAGAAAGAACAAAGCAUUUGAUGAAGUUUUAUAAAUAAUUACAGCACUUCUUUCUUCUUUAAUUUUUCUAGCCUAAAACAAAUGACGUACGGUCAAUAGAAAAUGUUGUUAAAAAUUUGCCCUCAUUGUCAACACAACAUUUCAUUGAUUGUUGCCGUUAGCUAAUCGUCGAGUUUUUAAACAAUUGACAGUUCCCCAUUUAAUACGUAUCUGAAGUCCGCUUGCUCCGAAUUGUCAACUCGACCGGAUAAACACAACGAUCUUCAUUAGACAAGGACGUUUUUUUCUAAUAACACCACAAACACAAUGAAAAUAUAAAUUGUCCAUACAUUUUCAAAAACAACCACCAAAACUGCUCACAAAAUGCAGUUUGAUUCAGAAUAUCUUGAUAUAUUCAAUUACUGCCAACGAAACAAUUUUUUUUUUCAAAUGUAUAGAGAACUGAUACAAUUGAUUUCAUAGUCAAAUUUAAUCAGAUUGCUAUGAGAAAUUUUUUUUUGAUUUGAUAUAUUAAUUAAUAUGAUUUUCAUAUUCAUCCAUUGCAAUAAUAAGAAAAAUGAAACCAAUUCAUUGCAACAUCACGAUUGAAUGUUUAUUACAAAGCAAAAUAAAAACAAAUAUAAAUACAUAAUUUUUGAAUAAAAA